AAAAGUUAGCAUGGCGGCUGUGUCGAAGUUAAAUAGUUGAUGGAGAUGGAAUGUACGACAAGAUUGUGUUAUUAUUGGUUGUUUUGUAAAUUUUUAGAGAAUUGUGAAAGUCAUGAAAUGUAUUGAGAAUAAAAGAGUAUUCCAAUUACGGCUAUAAAAGGAAAUAAUUUUGUACAAAGUGUAGGCAGCAUCAUGUGUUUGCGCCAGUGGGGCAUAACAUAACCAAAAGCAUCUGUGUAAUAAUAAGCAGCUGAAAAUAUAAACAUUAUCUUGCACAAUGAGUACGUGUGCAUAUUGUUUGAGGACGGACAGUGAAUCAUAUUUGACGUGUGAAGUAUGCAGUCACAAGGUUCACAUUCGUUGCUUGAAGAGCGGCGGGGUCCCGGGAGGCUUACGCGCGGAUGUUUUUUAUAAAUUCGUAUGCCAUAAUUGCAGUACAUUCGACCAGGAGGAGUUCACUAGAAUUAAAAUGCCAUGGGUGAACCUGAUCAUCCUCACGCUGUAUAACCUGCAGAGCCGUUCAGAUGGUGUGAGUUGGCUUGGCUACUUCCACUGGAAGAUGCACAUCAGCAACUUCAUUGAGCGUCAGUGGAAUGUUCUGUUUGGGAGCAGUGUAAAGAAGAAGCGCAGUUGGAAGGGGACGGUGUCAGGGACCCUGUCCCACUACAGUCCCACUUACUUCCUUUCUGGCUCAGCAGAGCUUGGAGAAUCUGGCUGGUGGAAGCUGGCAGCGAACUUGGAACCGGAACUUCUGAUGCAGCGGCAUGUGCAGUUGAGUGUUGAGAAAAGGUGGAAAAGGAAGAAUUUUAGUGUGUCAUCGCCGCUGAAGGGUCGAGACUCAACCCAUGCAGUGCUGGAGCCAGCACCAGGAACCUCCUCUCAGGAGUUGUCCCCAUAUACGGCUCAUGUCUCUCAUAUUGUCACACCAGAUGAGUCAAGUUUGUCAGCAAAUGAUGACACAAGCAGUGUGGAGCUGAACAACGCAGGGUCAGAGCGGGACACCAGUGCAUCGUGCUCCAGUGGGCGCAUGUCUGCAGUGGACACUAGCUACAACAACUGGGCUUUCCUGAAGGCAACUGACAACAUGUACUCUCGAGCAUAUGUGGAACCAAGUGAGACACUAUCCGACUGUCUGUUUGCCGAUGAGAAUGAAGAAUGCUCAGAUGCAGAAGUUGACGUUGAGGCCACUGACAUCUGCCCUUCGUCGCAAAGCUUUGGGGAUCUGGCAGACCUGUUGCCACAGCAAGAGAACACUGGCAGCAGUGCCAAGAUGAAGAUGGAACCCACAGAGUUAGUCUGUGUGAAACAAGAGAUAAAAGAGGAAGUGGUGGACAAUGAGGUUGAACUGGGCGUAGGGGAGUAUAUCAGUGAUGAGGGAGCACAGCCACAGAACACUCCAAGACUGUCGCCGAGUCUGUUCACUAUCACGAAGAGCAGGGAUCACAUGCUGACUGCAAGUGACAUCUAUGAGGACACAGACACAAGAUGCCUGCCAAUGAGUGAGUACGAAGAGCUGCAGCUGCUGAACCAGCUUCGUAGAGUGCCAUCCAUGGGGGAUGUACCUGGGGCUGUACGACGCCUGUACCGCAAGUUAUGUGUGCGACGGCUGAAGCGUGAGCGGGGAAUGCCGCUCUUCAAUCUGGAUGACAUCCAGCCUGGACGACGGGCCAGGGAGGUAGCACAGCCAGCGCGUCACGUGGCAGAUGUUCGGAUCCUAGACAGAUUCCAGCAUGCAGCUGUUUCUGAACGUGAAGAGGAGGCCAGUUCAGGCAGCCGUUCAUUCAUCUUACGAUUGAUGGGGCAGAGUGAGCCGUUCUGUUUCUGCAGCCCUUACACUCGCAGGCUCCUGAAGCCGUAUAUCCGCCGUGACAUGGAGACUACCCCCCUGUGGCUCCAGCUGAUGAGUGAGGUCCAAGCAAAGGCAAACAGAAAUGUCCCACACUGGCAGCCACCUCCACGCCACCCAAUAGACUACAGUUACGUGCGUCCACAGCACGUGUCCUCUGUUAACAGUCUCUGUCAAGAGUUUUUCUACCCUGGUAUUGACUUGACAGAAUGUCUGCAGUAUCCGGACUUCAGCUGCGUUGUCCUGUACAAGAAACUUGUGGUGGGUUUUGCAUUCAUGGUGCCUGACGUGGGGCUGAACGAGGCAUAUAUCUCAUUCCUCUUCACACGACCAGAGUGGCGGCGAGCUGGCAUUGGUACAUUCAUGCUGUACCACCUGAUACAGACCUGCAUGGGGAAGGAUGUGACAUUGCAUGUGUCAGCCACGAACCCAGCAAUCAUCCUGUACCAGAAGUUCGGUUUCAAGGUAGAAGAAUUCGUCCAAGAUUUCUAUGACAAGUACCUACCAGCAGACUCAAAGGAGUGCAAACACGCCCUCUUCCUGAGGCUCAGUCGAUGAAGCCACCCAGCAGAAAACUCAUCUGCAAGAGGCAAGCUUGGAACACACCUCCAUCUAAUCCAACAGUCUGGUUUCCUGUCCUGUACCACGGACCGAACAGAGAGCACCGCAAGGUAUUGUCAGAUUAACUCCAUCCUCAUGUGAAUAUGCACAGUAGCCGCAGCUUCCAAGAGGGACUGCAGAUGUUGCAGUAAAGGUUUUGAAUGCCAUUUGAAUCCUCAUUCCAAAGCUUUUUUAUCAUUUUAAAGUUAUAGGAAUGAACUUUAAUUUUGUAAUCAUUGGUUUUCUUCUUUUAAAGUUUUAGCUACUGCAUGCUGUGAUAUUGACAGGAAAAGCAGCCGUUUCCUGGGGUGAAGAAUGGACACUUUCAGUGUCACCAGACUGUUAACCUGUGUGUGUGUAGUAGCUGUCUCCGGGACAUCACUGGAGUACGUCUUCUGACAGCAACUGAGAUUUUCUGUUUCCCUCAUUAUGUAUGGUUUAUGUUACAAUGCUGCCAGUAGCUCAGGCUGCAUAGUGCAUCAGAUGGCAGGAUCAUUAGUGAGCACAGUGAAUUUGAAAGGGGUAGCUUUACUGUUUACUGUUGUGACAUGGGUGUGAAGAACAAAUAGAUCUGGCAGGGCCGGAUUGAGACUGCGUGGCCCUAGGUCAUGAUAAGACAUGAGGCCCUUUUAAGAGUGUGCCCAUAUCUGGCGGACUGCACAGACACAUUGUCCGACAACAGUCACACGGCCAUGCCGCAAAGAGCGAUACUACCCUCCCAGUUUUGUUUUUGAUUGUUAUGGCUGUUUCCAUCAUUUCAACGUGACAAGAUGGAGUCAGCUAGUUGCUGUCUUCUGAAUCUCGAGAAUGUUGUGUUUGUCUCAUGGGGAGGUUUUAUUCUCAGUAUUUUGAGGCCCCAGGCUGUAGCUUAUUCAGCUUACACAUAUACAUUAACAUGGCAGUGCUUGAGAGUACAGUUUGGAUUUACUGGUCUGCUUCUUGGGAUGAGAAAGUUAAGUGUGGCUGCUGUCUUAGCAUCUUGAGAAUGCCAGAGUUCAGGGCACUGUGUUUAGUGCAGUUAUUAAUUAUUUUUAUGUAUGUAAGAUAUGAGAGAAAUUCAUAUUGUUUUCUUUUGGGUUAUGACACCGCAUAGUCUGGUAGGUAAGUGCCAAUGUUUUCUCCAUCUGCAGAGCAGAAGCCCGCCUAUCAGAACAAGUGGUGUCAUGGCCCAGAAGCUAUCAGUACACACGCUAAGUAUUUGUGUGCAAAUGACAAGACAUUACAUUUGCUCAGUUUUGUGUCAAUAAAUGCCAAAAUUAAAUAUCA